AAAGGACGAAGAGGAAGCGGCGGUGUUGAUCAGAUGGAAGAUGAAGAAGAAGAAGAGUGGCGGGGUAUCGGGGUUCUGGCCUUCUUCUGGCUCCUCCUCGCCCUCGUCAACCCAGCCAGGAGCGAGCUGGCUACUCAGGAUCGAUGCGCACACGAUACCAACGGCAGGACAGGUUCGCCGAACCACAUCCGUUUCAGCCUGCAGCAUCCGAUUUUCGAAACGGACAUACUUGUCUCCGGUAUCAGAUACCAAGCUGUUGUCACCCCCGGCCCGAAAGUAACGGACUACAGCCUUUGGGUGAGGGGAGAGUGCAUUUUUGGCACUUUGGACCCGGUGCCUCUGACGAAAAAUUUCACAGUGCCGGAGAGACAGCCUUUUGUAAAUUUCACAUUGAGGUAUAGAUUAGUGGACGACAACGUGCCUUUGGUGCUGCCAGUCAACUAUGAAAUAGCCCAAGUCUGCAAUCUCACGCUGAGGCCACUUUCGUCUGGGAAUUUGAGUUCUUCGGACCUGCCGGGCCCCUGUCUCCUCCGCAUGUCGUCGAGCCUGUUCAACAACCGAAAGGGCAUAGUGAUCAGGCUUGUAAAGCUGAACGUGGCCUGUUCGAAAGGAGGGCUCGUACUUGGCGACCACGGUCGUAUCUGCGGAAAACUGCAAGAGAUUAAGGAAAUCGACCGAGUUGCCCAUUUUCCCGAUGGGCUUUCCGUGAUACUCGUCGAGGGCGUUACAGUAUUCGAGAUAUCAUGGCGGUGUGUGGAUCACUGUUACAACGUGACUUUGACAUCCAGGAACGGCAGCUUGGAUCUAUCGCCUACGUCGUCUCUGUCGUGCAACUACCGCCUUCAUCUACCAUAUGGCUACAAAGCAUCUAUAUCUUUAGGAGUUGCUAGCCUCGAACAGCCAGAACAGCUUCUUUCCCCAGUCUCAUCUAAAAAAGAAGAAUGCAACGGCGUCGAGUUGUUCAUCGUAGAUGGGUCCGCUCAGUGGUCUCACUGCUACCCAGCGCCCGAUACGUCCGGUAGCACGUCUCAGACCUCAGCGUACAGAGAGAUGCAGCUUUUAUCCAAUGGGAACUCGGUCACUCUGAGAGUUCAAGCCAAGGACGGACUUGUCGCCUAUCCCUCCAUUUCAAUAAGGUACGAGGCAAUUGGGGAAGAAUCACUGAUCGGAGGAUGUUCCUGGCCCUGGGUGAGGUACUCCGUCCUCUGCCUUCUCGUCGUCGAAGGGCCCAAACUGCCGUGGAGAGAUGCAGAAGAAGACUGUAUCAGCAAAGGUGGACAUCUCGCUUCUAUUCAGAGCCAAGAACAGCAAGACCUUAUCGAUCUAAUGCUUCUUAACAGCCCGAGUUACAGAGAUGAGAAUUCAUACUGGGUAGGAGCUACGGACGACAGGGUCGAAGGAGACUUCCAAUGGUCCGACUCACUCCCUUUCACAUAUACAAACUGGUUCCCCGGAUGGCACGGUGGCGAGGUGAACCAACAGCCGAACGACGACGGCCUCAGCGACCAGGACUGCGUCGAACUGCGCCGACUUUAUAAACUCCCUGGAUUUUCAAGGGCUUCCGACUUGGCAGAGACGUUCAUGUGGAACGACAGAGACUGCAAGCAUGACAAUCUUUACAUCUGCGAGCGACUCGUGUCCGGAGAACGAAUGCUAACCAAGGAAGAGUUAAAAGGAGCGGAAUGCAACCGGACGAUUAUUCUUACAUCGGAAGAUCCUAGGACGACCGUCACGUCGCCGGAAUUCCCUCGGCCCUACCCAGACGAAACGGUGUGCCUGGUGAAAAUUGAAACACCCCUCUUUUUCACCAUCCUUCUUGAAUUCGAAGAACUUGUACUGGAGCACGAACCAACCUGCAGCUACGAUUACGUGGAAGUGCAGAGUGGAAAUUCGUCGACGAGGCUUUGCGGCGAUUGGUCAAAUAAGUUGAAGUUGCUUCGCCAGGUGCUGCCUGGGCCCAGCAUGACCAUAAAAUUCUUAAGUGAUUAUUCGCACAACUUCGGCGGAUUCAAAGCUCGCAUAUCAAUAGAACAAACAUGGCCCGAGUGUGGCGACGACAGGUUGCAGCUCUACAACAACUCCUGCUACUUAUUUGUCAGCUUUCCAGACGUGUCGUGGCACACAGCCAGAGAGAUUUGCAGGGAGAUGAAAGCGGAUCUUGCUAGCAUACACAGCUCUGCCGAGGAACGUUUCAUAGUCAGGAAAAUCCGCGAGUCCCGCGAGUACACCACGAGCGCUGUAUACUGGCUGGGAGCGAAAUGGACACAGGAAACGGGCAAUUGGGCCUGGGACGACGGGACGAGUCUUGACUACAACGGUUGGGUUUCGAACGAGAACUUCGAGAAGAAGGACAUGCGAUGUCUGGGACUUCAAUGGACACUUUCACCUGCACCGCUACUGCCCAGCAGUCUGUACUGGUCAAUACAACAGUGCGAGACCCCCGGUGGCUACGUCUGUAAAAAGGAUAACCAAGGAAGUGGACUUCAUUUGAACUUGAACAAGACUAUCAACGGUUCAGAAGGAACGCUCUCUUCUCCGCAGCACCCAAGGCCUUAUUUAAACAACUUAGAUUACUGGAUCGAAAUAAACUCUCCCCAAAAGACCAGAAUUGUUGUUGUCCUUACGUUUCUUGAUCUUGAGCAUCAAGCGAAGUGCCUUUACGAUUACCUUGAAGUGCUUGAUCCACGACUUUCCGAAGACUCGACAAAACUCUGUGGUCACUAUAGUCUUCAGCAAUUAAAAAAUUUGAGAAUUGUGUCAUCCGGAAAUAUAAUAUUAGUGCAUUUCCGCUCGGAUUAUUCUAUCUCAGGUGAGGGAUUUUCUCUCAGCUGGAAAGCUGUCGAUGUAUCUGGAUGUCCUUUGUACACUACGACCGCCCAGGAAGGAGUUCUCACCAGUCCCAACUACCCGCAAUUUUUACUGUCGAGGAUGGACUGUUCUACGACUAUCCUAGCACCAGUAGGGAAAAGGGUUUGGCUGGAAAUUACAGACUACGACGCGGAGGAGCCAAUUUUGGAAGUCGACCUGGGUGGCGGAGAAGGCAGGCUUCAGCCUUUCACGAUGCCUGGCAUCCUGUCUGACGGCGCUUACGUCUCGGCAGGAGAAAGGAUCCAGAUCACACUCAGAACUGGUGACAAUCCAAUGGGUCGAGGAUACCAAGCAAUAUACAAAACGGUCGGAAACGCCAAAGAAGAACAUAUUGUCAAUUUGGGAAAUAUCACGUUCGGACGGCUCCUCGAUAUGAACUAUCCGAGCGUACCACCUCGCAGAAUCGAUCUGACCCAUAGGCUGAUCGCUCCGAUCGGCCACACCAUUCACCUACAGUUCAACCCGCCAAAUCAAAUAACUGCUUUGGAUUUAAAAGGUCUGGGAAAAUUGGAGGACUGUUCUCAAGACAACGACGUGGUCGAAGUCAUUGAUGCGUAUUCCGACUCGAACGGCACCGCCUGGAGACUGUGCGGGGACAACAUCGGAAGCCAAAUAUCCGUGGAGACCUAUCUGAACACGGUGAGCGUCCGGUGCAAGUACGGCGAAAAGAGAUCUCGACGUCACAACAUCACCGUAACCAUAAAACCAGAUCCAGAAUUCAAGACAAAACUUAAGAAAAAAAACCCAACAUGGGUCGAGACGUGCGAACCUAAUCCUUGCCAGAACGGAGGGAAGUGCAAGACCAACGCAGAGGGAAAACAUUACUGCACGUGUACAGGACAUUUCACUGGAUUUCUUUGCGUUGUCACACUCUGUGAGCUUGAACCUUGCCUUUUCGGCCGAUGUGAGUUGAACGAGACUAGUUUCAAAUGCUACUGCAAGCCUGGCUAUCACGGUGAACACUGUGAUACGCGACAUCGGCCCUGCAGCUCGAAUCCUUGCGACAACAGAGGAUCCUGCGUUGAGACGAAUGACGCUUCGUUCAAAUGCCGUUGUAACGCCUGGUGGGAAGGAACACGUUGUGAGAGGAAAAGAGUGAAUAUUCCAUACAAGCCGCUGUCAGAGAGGAUGCUACAAGAACCCUUUUGGCUAGGACUCAUCACAGUCACGGUCGUCUUGGGAUGCAUCGGGCUGUUUUGGUGUGCCAAGCGCCACUUUCCCGAAAAGCUGGAAAAGCUUCUCGCCGAGGAGAACGAGAGAGGAAGGCCUUAUAUGUCGACGCGGCAUUGCCCUUCUGUAAGAGAACGGACGUUAAACGCAAGCGUAAGCGGGCUCGGAGUGACGACCGGCGGUUCCGGAAGGACGGGAGACCCCCUGCCACGUACACUUCUCGGAAGAUUGGGUAUCAGAAAACCAUCGCUUCUCCUAGUGCCAACCAAUCACCAGCUGCGCCCGGCGUCUUCCAGCAGCUUCCAUCAAGGGAGGACAUUUAGCCUCGACGACCUGGUGACUGGCGCAACGACGCCCUCCCCGAGGAAGAAACGGAACAACUCGACGCCGACGAAAAAAUCUUCAGCUUUUGAGAAAAAACAGAUUCUCCAGUCGCUCGUCUCUCCGGCAAACAUCGGUGCGAAUGCUGACUCGAUACCGCUUUCGAACAACACGCUAACGGUCGAGCCUUCGACAUCCGGAAACGCAGAAACGUCCUUUUCCGUCAAACUCACUCCAGGUUUAUCAUUAGACCACUCGCUGAAACUAGAAAAGAAGGUGACUUUUGCGAGGCUGCUUGACAAAGUCUCGUCGGAGAUGUCGUCUGGAUCGGAAUUGGAAGUGACCGGUGGCUCGCACGGGGCCCUUUCUGCACUAGAAAUCGACGCGAAAUCGCCGAAUUCGACGUCGAGCAAUCAGGGGAGCGACUCCCGCAGCAGUUCCGAGACUCAUCUCUCACUCGCAGGAAUGGAUGUCGUCGGCGGAAAGAAAGCAGGGCGGAAAACCGCCUCGGCCGAUUCCAUCUUGGCCAUGUUUCGCAAUUUCACUUCCGUCAACAACGGCAUCGCACCAUCGUCACCGACCUCGACGACGCCGACAGGUUCCAGCCCCAGGGACGAAGUCGCAGGGAGCGACGACAGCUCGGCCAACACGCCCACUUCUUCCAGCAGCGGUAUCGCCGAUUCUCCGAUGUUCUCCAAAAAGAACACUAUCCAAGUAACGGUGUUUGACCCUCUAAAUGCGCAAAAGUCUUGCAACAAUCUUCUCCAGCCUCCUUCCAUUCUUUUGGAAGUGCCGAACAAAUGUCUUUCGCCGAUCAGAGAACUUCCAACGCCUUCACCGAGCCCGGCCAUCACGCCGGUGAUGCCGAGGCACGCGAUGAGCUUCCUUUCCCCAACGGCUUACAGAAAUGAUAUGAAAUUGGAUUUGAGGACAGAUUUAAAAGAAACGAAUUCUUUAGUCGUUCCUGUUGUCACUGUGCAAGAAGCUUCUCCGGUACAAGUUGUCACUCCGGGUAUGAUUUUCCCGGGCUCUCCUCCACCGCAGCCUUCUAAAUCACACUGUAGGCCUCUUCUUAAAGAUGUCGACAAGCCGAACUCGCUUGACCUUCCGUGUCCUCCACCCAUUAUCACGGUGACCUGCAGUAUGACGGAGGGUGAGUCGGACGCCGACUCUCCAGCCAUCAAGUCCGGCCCGACGGGCAUGUGUUAUCUCAGCCCAUUUUCGAUGUGCUCCAGGAACGACAGGACGACUUCGGAGUCGAACUUGAGUUCGUCUGGUUACAGUUCGAUGGCCAGUCCCGGCCCGUCUAGAUGCGGGAGCAACAAUCCUUUAUGCCCCACCGACGAAGAACACCACAUUCCGCGUCGGCCGUCCCCUCUUCUGCGAGCGCCUUCGGAAGACGCUGACCAACACCGCGGCAGGUCCGACUCCGAAACAAUGUCCGACGAUCCCCAAUUGGAAUCCAACGAUGAAGGAUUCGGGACGGAUCAGCUCGAAGAAAAAAUUGAAGACGGUGAAUUGAAAAGUGCGAAAGAACUCGAAGUGUUCAUGGACGAUUGUGAUAAGGUUAAAUUAACAAGUCCUUCAGCUGUCAAACAUUGUUCUAGCUUCGAACUUUUAGAAAACUGCAGGACGAGAAAUAGAGUCAAACACUGCUCCAGUGUAGAAGCGGGUCUUGAUAAGUACAGAAUAACGCCGCCUCCUGUUAGGCACACUGGAUCUGCGGAAGAAUGCUUGGAUUCGAAAAGGCACAGUAAGACCCUCCAACUUCCAUCGAUCCUGGUCGAUGGAGAACCGCAUACCGAGAAGAAUUACAGCCCGGUAAGCUCCAGGAGCGAGAGCCCCUUGAGCGAUAAGACCGGCUUGGGGCGGUUCUCGCCUAUGUUCUACGGCAGGUUCACGGACUCGGAUGGUCUUUACGACUGUAUCAGUUCGGAUCCAUCCUUCAAGUCUCGCAAGCAUUCCUCUGGCCGGAAAAGAGAGCGGAGAAGAUCCAAAUCCCCGACAAAGAUAUCACAGGUGCACCUUGAAGUUCCCGGAAAAGGUGAACCACUUAAGAUAAACGUGAAAAGCGGAAAACCAAGUCCGAAAAGAAGAGCGCGACUGCCACAUCCAAUUACUUCAAGUUCUUCCUCCUCCGCAGAAAGUUUGAACUCCAUACGAGACGUGACUGUCUGUCUAAGCAGGGAAAAAUUAGCAGACAGUCUGAACUCGUGCGCCGAUGGUCAUUGGUCACAAGACAAAGAAAGAGCAACAGAAGACUCAGCCGAUGAUACAGAAGACGUAACGUCAAAAAUGCUUCCUGACAAUACCGAAGGGGGCAGGGGACUGAAGAAGAUUUCGAGGAUGAGGGCUAUCGGUCACCAGAUCAGGUUCCUACGCCGUUUGGAGCAGAGCCUGAAACGGAACCGGGAAAGGCUGUCCAGCCCGGAAAGACCCCUUUUGCCCCAGGAAUCGGUUGAAAAACGUCUUGCUUGGAUCAAGCAUUGCACAGCUGCCGGCGACCAUCCAGAAUGGACCCAGGUGCCGGUUGCCAGUACUGGUCGCAACGACUGAACGGCCGGUUUUGGAAAAGAAACCUUUUGAGGAAAAUAUCCUUGGCUUUCAUUGAAAAAGAAAGGCCUUUUGGCAAGAAAAGCCGAUUUUUCUAUUAGAUGCCUUGAUACUCUUUAUUUGCCUACUGUACCAACUAAUGACAAGUGUCCGUAUAGUCGCUAAAACUUCUUCCGCCGUGAUUAUAGUAUAAAUUUACAUUGUUUCACAUGUUAAUUACAUAAAAUAAAAUAAAUAACAUAAAAAAUUGGGUCAAACCUAGAAAACGGAGCAUACAUAAAAAAAUUCCCAAUGGAAACAAUUUUUAUUGUCCAUUUUCACCUUUUGCCUUCGUACUUCUUAAGAAUGUAAACGUUGAACAUACAAAUUGUGCAGUCGGACAUGAUCAGCCAGGAUAUUAGAAUGUUUUCCCAAGCCAGCUAUGAACUUGAAGCUUUACUAAGAAUUAGCAAAAAAAAAUUUUUUUUCUCCUUAUCUUAUCUUUUCUAGAAGAUAAACUUUGAUGCGGAACAAUCAAACGACGAUUUUGUCACCAUGAGGUGAUGGGAUCUGUGGAAACAUUAAAAGCAAUAAAUUGCAAUAUGUACAUAAAUUAAACAAAACAUAGUUAAUAAGGUUCUAAA